CGACAGCGUUUAGUGAUUGUGAUAUUUUUGUAAUAUCACACUCUCUGGUGGAAUACGUGCUACACACGCUCCACUAGAGGAGCUGACAGAAGGAAGCACCCUUUCGUCUGUUCCAUCCUCCAUCCCAUGCCUGCGCCGUUUUGUUGAAGAAAAUGUUGGAAGUCUGAGCUUAAGAUUAAUAAAGGUUGGUGACUGAACUCAUUAUAUCUCAGCACGGUGGAUUCAGUGUCGUUUGAUUUGAAGAUGAAACUGUAAAAGCUUGGUAAAUAUUUUGCUUGUUUUCGACAUAGAAAACUUGGGAUUUUGAAAAUUGAAUAAGUGAAUUGUAAGGAUGCAGAAUAAUUGGAGGAUGAAUGAUGAUAAGUUGAAGGCCCUGCAGGAAAAGUGCGUUGCCCAAUCAAUGAUGCUGAAUGAAGAAUACGUCAGUGCCAGAGAAAAGUUACUCAUAGCUCAGCAGCUUUGUCCAACACUAGAUUACAUUGAUUCAAUGUUGAAUGUCUGUGACAUACUAAUAUUGGCUGCUGGUUUUGAGUUAUCAGAUUGUGAGAUUGAUGACUUCUGCGUUCAUCAUCUCUUUAUGCCCUCUGUCACACACUCUGAUACUGUUUUUCAAUAUCAGAAGCUCCUCACUUCAUUGCAGGUCAUUAAGGAUGAAUUUCCAGGCACUGAAUUGGCAAUACAAUUUCUCCAGAAUGCAUUCUCCAACCUAUCUGACAGAGGAAAACGUUCUGAAUACUAUUUCCAGCAGGAUGCUUCUUUGGCUGGUCAGCUGACGUUUAAGUGUCACACUGUUUCUUCUAGCGAAAUUCUGGGCACGGGGAGCAUAGAAGGUGUCUCAAUGGAAGUGACUUCUGAAAAGAGUGGAAAUCAUGAGCCAUGUGUGUUACCUUAUCAUGACGUGGAUGAGCAAGAUGAUAUAAUUACUCAUCAAGCAUCCUUAGCUUUGCCAAGGCUUAACCAGGAAUUUUACAACUUUGAAAAUGACAGAAAAGUGGAGUUCCUCAGGGCGGGACAGAUCUGGGCUACUUAUUAUCAAGCAAGUGUUCCUUAUCGCUAUGCUCUUGUCAACAGCAAUAACAAUUUUGACCUCAUUGUUACAUGGCUGAAACCAAAAAUUGGUAGUUCAAAUGAGAAAACAUGGUAUUUUUCUGGCUUACCUGUCGGUUGUGGGACCUUUGAUCUAAGUCCGGAGAGAAAUGAUGUGGUAAGACCAAUGGUUUUUUCCCAUCAAUGCUCCCCAUUUCAUUCACUGACAGAGAAUCAGUUUGAGAUUUACCCAAAAAAAGGUGAAAUUUGGGCUGUAUAUGAGAAUUGGAACCCUGAUGAAUGUGCCUACAAUCCUAAAUGUCUUAAAGAAUGCAAAUUUCAUCUGGUUGAAAUGCUGUCUGAUUUUUCAAAAUUUUCAGGUGCGGAUAUUGUGUAUUUGAUGAAGCGAGAUGGUUUCAGGAGUGUCUUUGAGAGACAAACAAUAGAACUUCGUCCUACUGUUUGUCAGAUCCCUUCCAAUAAUUUGUACAGUUUCUCUCACAAUAUUCCAGCAUACAGGAUUAUGGGUGGAGAUGGUAAGGCAGUCUUUGAACUUGACCAGUUGGCUUUGCCUGAUGGAAUGGUUGUUGCCACUGACACUCAAAUAAUCCUAAAGAAGAGGAACAUAAAUGUUUCAACUCACUUCACUCCUCAGAAACAACUACCUUCUCUGGGAUCGUAUCCAGACAGCAAAACUUUGAAGCAUAAGUGGUCGCCAAAUGAUUUUUGUGCAGGUCAAGUAUGGUCUGUAUUUUGUGCAAAGGAUUCGAUGCCACGACAAUACAUCCAGAUAAACGGUGUAAUUUCUGAAAAGCAAGUGUCUGUCACAUUGUUAGAACCUCUUCCAGUUCUUCGUCAUGAUAUCGAGUGGAAGAAAAAAAACCUCCCCAUUGUGUGUGGCUUGUUUGAACUUUGCAAAACCAGUGUCAUCCUGGAACCAUCUUAUGUUUCCAUUCUUAUUGAGCCCCAAAGAUCUCUACCCAAGCCAUACUUUAUUAUUUACCCAAAGAAAGGUGAGGUUUGGGCAAUGUACAAGAAUUGGAAUAAUGAGUGGAACCAAAAUGAUUACCGAAAUUGUGAGUAUUUUGUUGUCGAAAUUCUUUCAGAAUUGUUUAAUGAAGAUGGGAUGAGAAUAGCCAAGCUGGUGAAGGUGGAGAAUUAUGCGACUUUCUUCCAGAGGCAACGGGAUAAUGGGUUUGAUAUUGUCCGCACGGUUUUACAAGCAGAGAUGCUGAGUUUCUCACAUCGAAUACCUGCUUUUAAAGUGCCUGAAAUUAGCCAAUAUGGUGUCUCAGAAGACUCUUGGCAUUUGGAUCCUAAUGCUUUACCUUCUAACUCAUAAACAUCUUGGUUGCAUUGGCUUGCAUAUCACACAGUUUAUCGGAACAAAGUUUGAAUCUUAUUCUCUCUAAACUCAUUAAAGUUUUGUAUUACUUGUGCACAUGAAAAAUAGAAGGAUGUUAACCUUA